AUGGAGAGUACCCUCACAGUCCUGCAAGUGAGCCUGUACCACCCCACGCUGGGCCUGGUUGCCUUUGCCAAAGUCCCGCCACAGCUGCGUCAUGAUACCAGUCGGCUGCUGCUGGGGCGAGGGCAGGAUGCCCACGUCCAGCUGCAACUGCCUCAGCUGUCCCGACACCACCUAUCCUUGGAGCCCUACCUGGAGAAAGGCAGUGCUCUGCUGGCCUUCUGCCUCAAGGUGCUGUCCCGCAAGAGCUGUGUGUGGGUCAAUGGGCUUCCACUGAGGUACCUGGAGCAGGUCCCCCUUAGCAUUGUCAACAGAAUCUCCUUCUCUGGCAUCCAGAUGGUAGUCCGCAGAGAGGGGGGAGCCUCCCUUGAGGCCUUCGUCUGCUACUUCCAUUUCAGCUCCUCACCCCUGAUUUACAGACCCAAGGCCCAAGAGACUGACGAAUGGGAAAACAUUGUUAAGAAAGAGACUUCUCCUGUUUUGGGGGAGGCAACUCAUGAUCUCUUGGGGUCUCCCCAGGGCUCCUCCCAGACUCAGACAGCUGGUUCCAGCCAAGCCCUGGAGGAGCAAGAGAAAUAA